AUGGCUUCCAUGGCGUUGAUCCCCCGAUCUGUCCGGCGCCGUCCGCCGCGUUCUCGCGGAUUCGCGGUGCUCGCCCACAAGUGGGCGCCCGGCGCGGCGACCAGCGACGCGGAAGCGCAGCGGGUGGUGGUGAUGCUCCAUGGGAUAUUGGGCUCCAAAGCCAAUUGGAACACCCCCGCCAGGAAGCUGCAGCAGCGCAUCUCCGGGUGGCGGGUGCUGCAACUGGACCACCGGGGCCACGGCCAGUCCCCGGUGCCCAGGGAAUCGGAGCACACGCUGGAGGCCUGCGCCCAGGAUGUGGUGCAGACCUUGUCCUCACUGGGCAUCGACACCGCCAGAGACGAGCUGGUGAUUUGCGGACAUUCCUUUGGUGGCAAGGUGGCUCUGAGCCUUACGGAGGCGCUGCGAGACCAGGGCACGCCUCCGCGCAUGACCUGGACGCUGGACUCGGUGCCCGGGACGCCUGCGAAGCUCAGCGCGGAGCGGCAGAGGAGGGAGCAGAGCGUCAGCUUCGUGCUGCAGGUGCUGGAGGCUGUGGGCCCUGCGGCCUUCCCGGACCGCGCGGCCCUCACGGAGGCGCUGCAGGCCGAGGGCCUGUCGCUGGCUUUGGCCCAAUGGGCCGCCCAGUCCGUGCGCACGGCGGGCGACGGGGUGCGCCUGAGCUUCGACAUGGAGGUCAUCCGUGAGCUCUAUGACGCCUACGCAAGCACUUGCAAGUGGCACGUCCUGGAGCAAGGAGAUGUGGAUAUCGGCGUGGUAGUGGCCGGCCGCAACAAGCACGCCUGGGGUGAUGAGAAUCUGGAGCGUCUGCAGCGGGCAGAGGUCACACAGGUGACGCUGGACGCGGGGCACAAUGUCCAUGUGGACGACCUGCCGGGAUUGCUUAAAGCACUCGAGCAGACCUUUGUGGAGUGA